GAACACGUACGCUAAAAAGAAAACACCAAAAAGAUGAAGCCAGUCGUGGAAGUAAUCUCUACAGAAAUGGUUAAACCUUCGUCUUCUACACCUCACCAUCUUCGUCACUACAAUCUCUCGUUCAUCGACCAGAUAACUCCCCAAGUCAACAAUUCUAUGGUCUAUUUCUUCGAUGCCGAUGAUGUCGCAAACAAAUUCAACAUCAACGAGGUUUCCGACCACCUCAAGAAAUCAUUAUCUCAAGUCUUAACUCACUUUUACCCACUCGCCGGAAGACUCAUCAGCGAAAACCUAAUCGUAGAUUGCAAUGACGAGGGUGUCCCUUUCAUAGAAACCAGAGUCAGUUGCCACCUCCGCCACAUUACCGACAACCCCUCUCUGGCUGACGUCAGCAAGCUGCUUCCCUACGACAUGGAUGAAAUGGUCAACACACUCCUCGGAGCCCAAUUCAAUGUCUUCGAUUGCGGUGGAAUAGCCGUCGGAGUAUGCAUCUCCCACAAGGUCGGCGAUGCGCUGUCGUAUUUCCAGUUCAUCAAGAGCUGGGCCGCCGUGACACGUGGCGAACCGGCAGAACAAAUCAGAACCCACUUCAAAUCUUCCUCACUCUUUCCGCCAAAAGACACGUCGGGAUUCUACCGAAGAACUUCAACAAUCGGGAAGCACAAAAUUGUGUGCAAGAGGUUCGUGUUUGAAGCAUCUGUAAUAGAAUCUCUGAGAACAAAAUAUUCUCAAAAGAUCGAGAACGUUCCAGAAGGCCAACAACCACCUUCAAGAGUAGUAGCAGUAUCAGCUUUCCUUUGGACACGGUUUGUUGCCGCUACUAAGAAAGAAGGAAGCAAACAGAUUCACUUGGUCGGAUGGACAGCGAAUCUACGCCCAAGAAUGGAGCCGCCACUGCCGGAACAUGCGUUCGGAAACUAUUACUGGUAUCUCCAAACGUUUCCAACGUUAGAUGAACAAGGAGAGUGUAAUGACGACCUUGGAAGCCUGUUGAGACAAGAGCUCAGCAAAAUCGACAAAGAUUUUGUUGUGAAGCUUCGAGAAAGAGAAGAAUGCUUGAACCCUAUUAGAGAAGACAUUUUUAGGGCAAUUGAGAAGGGAGAGAUGGUUCCCUUUAGUUUCACGUCACUGUGCAGGUUUCCGGUGUACGAGGUUGAUUUCGGAUGGGGGAAUCCAACGUCGGCAGUACCUCCGACAUGGAAAUUCAAGAAUUUGGUCUCUUUAAAAGACACCAAAUCAGGUGGUGGCAUUGAAGCGUACGUCAGCUUGACGGAGGAUGACAUGGCUAAAUUUGAACGUGACGUGGAACUUGUUGCUCACGUUUCUACCACGGGGUUGAAAUAAUGUUUGAGUAAUCACUACUAUGUUAAAGUCGGUGUCCUUUCCUUUGGGUGUUUAUUUUCCAUUUCCGUACAGUGUUUUUGUUAUAAUUGUCCUCUGCGUCUAACAUUGAGUGCUGGUCUGUUGAUUGAAAGACGUGGGGUUGUUAUUGUUUACUUGUUUACUUGUUUACUGUAACUGUAUGUGUGCGGUGGCGAGGCCAAGAUAUGUAGUCAUGGCGCAAGAUAAUAUAAUUUUAAAGUUAAUUUUUAAAA